AUGGCAAGGAUCAACCUGAUGGCGAGGAACACAGACAUGCGCCGGCGCCUGCCACUGGUGUGCCUGCUUUGGGAAGUGGCCAUGAUCAUCCUCUUCGGGGUCUUUGUGCGCUUUAACUCAGAAGCUGAUGCAGCUGGCUGGACAGAGAAGAAGUAUGAGGAGAACAUUACUAGUGACACUGAGAACGAGUUCUACUUCAGAUAUCCAUCUUUCCAAGAUGUCCAUGUGAUGAUUUUUGUGGGCUUUGGCUUCCUCAUGACAUUCCUUCAGCGCUAUGGCUUUGGAGCUGUUGGCUUCAACUUCCUCCUGGCUGCCUUUGGGAUUCAGUGGGCUCUCCUAAUGCAGGGCUGGUUCCAUACUUUUGAGAAUGGGAAGAUAGUCAUUGGAGUUCAAAGCUUGAUUGGUGCUGAUUUCUGCGUAGGUUCCGUUUGCAUCGCAUUUGGUGCUAUUUUGGGCAAAGUCAGCCCUGUUCAGGUGCUCAUCAUGACUUUGUUUCAAGUCACCCUCUUCUCUGUGAAUGAAUACAUCCUGCUGGACCUGCUCCACGUAAAAGAUGCUGGUGGAUCAAUGACCAUCCACACUUUUGGGGCUUACUUUGGUCUAACAGUAACUGCCAUCUUGUAUCGACCCAACCUGGAUCAGACCAAAGACAAGCAGGGUUCUGUCUACCACUCGGACCUCUUCUCCAUGAUUGGCACCCUGUUCCUGUGGAUGUAUUGGCCCAGCUUCAAUUCAGCCAUCUCCAAUCAUGGGGAUGCGCAGCACCGAGCCGCCAUCAAUACCUACUGCUCUCUGGCAGCCUGUGUCCUCACCACUGUGGCCUUCUCCAGUGUGCUGGAAAAGAAAGGCAGGCUAAAUAUGGUCCACAUCCAGAAUGCCACCCUGGCGGGUGGUGUGGCUAUUGGGACCGCUGCAGAGAUGAUGCUGCCCCCAUAUGGUUCUCUCAUCAUUGGUUUUAUCAGUGGCAUCGUGUCUACUGUUGGUUUUGUCUUUGUCACACCUUUCUUAGAGUCCAAGCUACAUAUCCAAGACACGUGUGGCAUCCACAACCUACAUGCCAUGCCAGGGCUAAUUGGGGGCAUCGUGGGAGCUGUCACAGCCGCUGCUGCCACAGAGGAAGUCUAUGGAACUGAAGGGCUCAUCCAUGCUUUUGACUUCAUUGGUCCCUACGCGAACAGGACACCCAGGGUCCAAGGGGGGUUCCAGGCAGCUGGCAUUGCUGUGUCCUUGGGCAUGGCCUUGGUUGGAGGGGCCAUUGUAGGUGGCAUUUUGAAAUUGCCGUUCUUUGGUGAUCCCACAGAUGAAAAUUGCUUUGAUGAUGAUGUCUAUUGGGAGGUGCUUGAGGAUGAGGAGAAUAGCCUGUAUUCAAUGCAGGAUUCCACUGGCAAGUCUGUGACCAACUCCUAA